GUGUAUCAGCAUUCAUAUACGGCAUAUUAUGUCCUCAGCAAAAUACCUCAUGGAGAUCCCCAGAAUUUGUAUCCCCCUGAGGUCAGCAAUGCAAAGCUUCAGUAUGCUGGUUGGGGUCCAAAAGGGCAACAGCUGAUAUUUAUCUUUGAGAAUAACAUCUAUUACUGUGCCCAUGUGGGGAAACAAGCCAUCCGAGUGGUCUCCACAGGAAAGGAAGGUGUUAUUUUCAAUGGGCUCAGCGACUGGCUGUAUGAAGAGGAGAUCUUGAAGACUCAUAUUGCUCAUUGGUGGUCUCCUGAUGGCACCAGGUUAGCAUAUGCAACAAUUAAUGCCUCCAGAGUCCCCACCAUGGAGAUCCCAGUGUACACUGGCAGCCUUUACCCUACUGUUAAAACCUAUCAUUAUCCAAAGGCUGGAAUGGAAAAUCCAACUAUUUCUUUGCAUGUGAUUGGUCUGAAUGGACCUACCCACGACCUGGAAAUGACUCCCCCAGAUGACCAGAGAAUGAGGGACUACUACAUAACCAUGGUGAAAUGGGCAACCAGCACAAAAGUGGCGGUAAACUGGCUGAACAGGGCCCAAAACGUGUCUAUCCUGACACUCUGUGAUGCCACUACGGGAGUCUGCACAAAGAAACAUGAAGAUGAAAGUGAAGGCUGGCUGCACAGACAGAAUGAAGAGCCAAUUUUUUCCAAGGACGGUCGGAAGUUUUUCUUUGUCCGAGCCAUUCCCCAGGGAGGACGUGGGAAGUUCUACCACAUCGCCAUGUCAUCAUCACAGCCCAAUAGUAGCAGCGACAACUUACAGUCUAUUACAUCUGGCGAUUGGGAUGUGACAAAGAUAUUGGCAUAUGAUGAAAAGAGGCAUAAAAUUUAUUUCCACAGCACAGAAGAUUUGCCAAGGAGGCGACAUUUAUACAGCGCAAGCACAAAUGGAAACUUCAACAGGCGGUGUCUGUCUUGUGAUCUGAUUGAAAACUGUACUUAUUUCAGUGCAUCCUUCAGUCACAAUCUGGAGUACUUCUUACUGACAUGUGAAGGUCCCAAGAUACCAUUGGCCUUGUUGGCUACGAGG